GCGGUGACGUCAUAAUAGCCAUGCAUGUAUAUAUACACCACUGUAUCAAGGCUGAAGUUAAACUUUCAAUCAUGUUGCGUAUGACACCAGAACAGGCUACGGAAAUAACGAUGGUGGCUAAACAGUUGUUUCAGGAGCAUUCCUACACACAUCGACCGGAGCCAACAGAGUACACGAUGUACACCUCAAACAUGCACAUGUCCUUUCCCAUAGUCAUACACGUCAAUGAGAGGGAGGGUGUGGACCCUAGCACGGGGUUUCCUCCACGGACUUACUACGUGCCCCGCCACCGAGGCGACCUGCUUUACCCUCACUGGCUCCACAAUCUACUGGGCCGCAACCUUAAAUUCUACACCACUUUAGAUCAGGACACGGCUCGCGAGGCCAGUAUGUACAGGGAGGGACAGCAGCUGAUACAGAAGAUGAGGUCCAUCUCUGCCAUACUUUCGUGGGACCCAAAAAAUCCAGUGGGGUUGAAACUCAUAAUGGCUGAAAACCACGGCAACUGUCGCCUACCACAGAGACGGCGACAGAAGGGUCUCAUGGCUGAUUGUGUGUUCUUGGAUAACAAAAGCGACCGUGUUGCCAUCCAAGGUAAACUUUUCUCGAUGAUUAUCGGGAUGCCGUUUCCAGGAGACGUUACCAGAGACGUGGAGGACCCAGGAACCAAGAUUGAUGUUGGAAUGUUUUUCCGGGCACUCGAGUGUGCUCCGAACAUCCGUGUUAAAUGGAACAUAUCACUGACACGAAAGGAUAUACCCACACACGUACUAGACGUUAUUAUCGAACGGGAAAGAGAAUUUGAUGAUUUCGAUGAUGACGAUGAAACAUUGGAUGGCGAGUCUGACGAUUCGGACAUGGAAGAGAUGGAGCCAAUCUGAUCAGUCCAACAUAGUUAAAAUAUCCCCGGAAAAAUACAAAAGGAGAAGAAUAGUUAAUGCUACACACCAAUGUGGAGAACAACAUUGGAUGUUUCGUAAAUCUCUUAUAUUCAUGUGAUGUCUUUGUUUAUUGUUGAUUUCAAGAACCAACAUUAUUUUUAUGAAAUAUAUAAAAGUUUCC